AUGAAGAAGAGCGUGAAGUGCGGGGAGUACGCCCACAAGCGCAAUUACCAGUCGGCGACUGUCGCAUUUUGCAUCGGCCUUCUCAACCAGCGGGCUGUUGUCACUGUUUCCCAGCAAAAGACAAAAUCGAAAAUCACACUCCCUUUUUACAACAUUGACUCAGUCAAAUUCGCGGACAACGACGAAGUCUUUUUUUCGCAUUUCGUCGAGGAGAAAAUACAACAAAUAUGUACAUUUGACAUCGAGCAUGGGAUCAAAACAGAUACGGCAACGACGCGCAUUAAAAAGAACCGGAUUGAUCAGUCCCUCUAUUUCAUAUGUGACAUGUUGUUUGUGUUGGGGUUUCAGAUCAGGUGGGUUCAAUUCAACAAACGACGGGAUGUACCUCCACAUGAAGAGGUGUAUAGGGUAUUCGACGGAAAACAAAUUUAUACACAAAAAGAAAUUGAAACAAUAGGGAGGGGGGUCAUCGAGCUGAUCACUUGCAAGCUCAUAGGAAAGGAUUCCUUUGUUUUCGAAAAGAACAACCAACUCAUCCAAAAGUGUUUUGAUGUUCCUGUAACGGACUGA